AUGAGGUUAGGCCGGCUUCUUCUAUAUAUCAUCACAAGACUUGCAAUGACCAGAAACACAACGAAAAAGAAAAUGGCUUUGACACCGCCAAAUGUUGCUGCGCUUGUGUUACCACUGCUUAUAAUUUUCACUUUCUCCUCUCAAGUUGGAGUUUUUGAAUCUAUAGGCCCCAAACUUGAUUAG